AUGCACUUUGCAGCUGCUGCAGGUUCACGGAGUGGCUAUAUAAAGGUCGUCGAGCUGCAUUCGCAGCAUAUUCAUGAACCGACCAUGGAACACAGAGCACCAAUACUCUGGAUAGUGCUGCUCUCGUUGCUGGGCAGCUCGCUCACAUUCCAGGAGAAGGCGUCGCUGCAGCCAAGCCAGGUCCAGGCGCGCAGCGAGAGCCUGCAGCAGACGCAGCAGCAGGUGCUGGGUGGCAGUGGCAGUGGCAGUGGCAGUGGCAGAGUUGGCGUUGAUUCGGAUUCGGUGGGAUCGACACGUAACAUCGAAGAUCAUCUGAUGGCAUCGAUGGGUAAGGCUGGCCUCAAAUACUUUGUGGGCUCCAGCUCGACGACUACAGCCAAACCGCCAGUACAACAUCAACACCAUUACUAUUAUCCUGCAGAGGGCAGCGAACAUCCUCGCCAGCACGGGCCAGUAGUACCGCCAGGAGGUUAUCCGUGGCCUGGUUAUCCUCAAGUACCACCGCAGCGUCCCUGGGCACCACCCUAUAAUCCUUGGCCAUAUGGCUGGGGUCAUUGGGGUGGAGGUGGCGGUUAUCCUGGUGGUGGUUAUCCUGGUGGUGGUGGUUAUCCUGGUGGUGGUGGUUAUCCUGGCUAUCCCGGCUAUCCCUGGUACCGCUCCACGGAAAAUGAGGAACUCGACGAGAACGCAGUGCAGCCAGAGCUCGCCGCACGCUCCGUUCCCGGCAGCUAUCAGACACGUGUCUUGGCCUCCACGAGCAACCUCGUCGCUGGCAAGUCCAACAACAAUGUUUGGCCGCUCUAUCACCUGCUCAAUGUGGCCCGGGUCUAG